AUGGGGAUGUCUGCGUCUGCACUGAGCAAGUUCGGGUGGGUGGAGAAGCGGGGCAAGGUGCGCAAGGCAUGGAAGCGGCGGUGGUGCAUGUUCCGGUCGGACGGGGCGCUGGUGUACUUCAAGACGAGCCAGGAUGUGGCUGCGCCAGCAUGGGCAUCAGCACGUGGAGCUAUUGGUCUGACUGGAGCGAGUGUGAGUGCGGUGGAGGCGGACAAGGAUGGCAAGCAUGGUCUGGCUAUUGCUGUCUCUUCAUCAAAGCGCAUCUAUGCUAUUCGAUGCUCAUCCAUGCCCGAGAGGGACUCGUGGCUAGCCGCCAUCCAAGGCGCCAUCGAGCUCGCUUCGGGGGCUGCCGAUGGCGAUGACGCCGACGGAAGGGAUCUAGCUCCGGAUGCAGAGUCUCGAUUGUACUCGCCGGUGGUUUUCGACUCGUCCGGCGUCCAUCAUCCCUCGCUCCCUGACGAGGCCUUUGAUCCGCACGGAGCGCAGAAAGAGGCGGCAGCACGCGGGCGCGGCGACGAUCCCGUGCUUGCCGACGACACCUGGGACGCCAUCCUCGACAUGGCGUAGCGCGCGCUUGGCAGGUAGCGGGUUUGGUUUUAGUUCGGGUGCGCCGCGGGGUCGGUGUUGCCGUCAGCGCCGCCGGCAAGGAAGCCCUCGAGGUGGCGCGAGUACGCCGGGUAACCCUGGCCGGCACUGCCGUUGUCGUGGCUCGGGCCCUCGCGGUUCUCGGCCGGCGACUGCGCAGCGGCAGCCUGGUCGUAAGCGGCGAGGAGCGAGAAGACGUCCUCGAUAGCGACGCCAGCCGCGUUUGCGGCGUCGUUGUCGGGCGCCGGGGCCUGGGUCUGAGUCUGAGCAGAGGGCUGAGCCGGCGGGCUGGUCUGCCGCUGCUGGUGAGCGACGGCGGUGGCCUGUGCCUGGAGCUGGGUGCGGGUCGCCUCCUCGUCGGCGAGCUGGUCGGUGAGCGAGAGGGUGAUGAGGUGGGUGAAGAGCAUGUCCUUGAGAUCCUUGAGCACAUCCUCCUCAAAGACGGCAAUGUCCAUACCAGAGUACCGCGCGAGGAUGUCCGAGAACGCGGCAAACUCGUUGGUGUCGACGGGCCGGUUGAGCUUGGUGUACUUGAACUCGGCAAAGAGGCCCUCGAGGAUCUGGCGGACGACGUCGUUAAACUUGCCGCCCGACUCGGGCAUGGCC